CGGGCGCCGACCUCGCCGACGUCCUCCGCUACCACGUCCUCCUCGAGUACCUCUCCCACGCCGACCUACGCCGUCUGCCCGCCUCCGGGAAGCUGGUGACCACGCUGUUCCAGACGACCGGCCGCGCCACCGCGGACCUAGGCGCCGUCAACGUCACCACAGCGGGCGCCUCCCGCCUCACCGUCAUCCGGUCGCCGGCACCGUUCCCGGGCUCGAACGCCACCGUCCUCGGCGCCAUCACCGCGGUGCCGUACAACCUGAGCGUGCUGGCGGUGAGCGGCCUCAUCGCGCCCUCCGGGUUCGACCUCGCGGCGUCCGAGUCCCAGCCGCCCGCGGCCGUGAACAUCACCCGCGUCCUCGCCGACGCGCGCGCCUUCAACGUGGCGGCGUCCAUGCUGGAGGCGUCGGGCGUGGCGGCCGAGUUCGAGGACGACGAGCGCGGGGCCGGGAUCACGGUGUUCGCGCCGACCGACGACGCCUUCGCGGGCCUCCCGGCGGGGGACCGGCUCCAGUCGCUCCCCGCCGACCGCAAGGCCGUGGUGCUCCGCUUCCACGUGCUCCACUCCUACUACCCGCUGGGGUCGCUGGAGUCGAUCGUGAACCCCGUCCAGCCCACGCUGGCCACCGAGUUCAGCAACGCCGGCCGCUUCACCCUCAACAUCACCCGCGCCAACGGCUCCGUGGCCAUCGACACCGGCGUCGUGCAGGCCACCAUCACGCGGACCGUGUUCGACCAGAACCCUGUCGCCGUCUUCGCCGUAUCCAAGGUUCUCCUCCCCAAGGAGAUGUUCACCCGCACAGCCGCCGCCUCCAUCGUGGCCACCACCGCCUCCGCGUCCUCCCCCCCACCAGCCGCGACAGCCCCGGAGGCCUCCGAGAGCGCGCGGACGCCGCCGACAAAGCUGUCCUCCCCACCCGCGCUCCGCGGCGGCGGGCAGGACUACGCCACGGCGCCGGCGCCGGCGCGAGGGAUCGAGUGGUGGUGUAUAGCAUUGGUGUAUCUACUCCCACAUCUGGUAUGAGAUCCGGGACUCCGUCAGUCCACCGCUGUUCUCAAUUUUUGCCUUCUGUUUUCUCUUCUCUCUUCUUUUUCUUAUGUGGGUUUUGCAAGAAUCUGUACAAUGUUGACUCUGUGAGGUGAGGUGAGGCCUGAGGGAGGUGAAGAAGGAGAAGAAGAAGAUUCAGCUGCGAAAACAAAGAAAAUGCAGCGACCUUUUAAGCAAGAAGAAACAGAAUUGGUUAUUGUUGGCCAUCAUCAAAGGGGAAAUAACAGUACCGCCCUGUAAAAAUCCAAUCAAAUCCAUUGCAUCCGACAAUUGCUUUACCAUACUCGUGUCUCGUGUGUGCUACAUUGCAGUUGCUUCAGCCAGCUCCAUUUUUGCC